UCUAAAACUUUCAACGGUCCAAAACGAUCCUAAAAUCCAUCACGGCUUCCCUUAACGCGGAGAAACGCAUCCCUAUAAAUACAGAGACCCUCCCCCUCCUCGGGGAGCCACCACCACCACCGCCUCGGACGCUGCUGCUCUCAGGUAGAUCUUCCUUUUCCGUGUGUGACAGUCUUUAAGAAGAUGGCUGAUGCUCACGAAACUGAUAGGAACAUUGAGAUAUGGAAGAUAAAGAAGCUCAUCAAAGCUUUGGAGGCCGCCAGAGGCAAUGGCACAAGCAUGAUUUCUCUGAUUAUGCCACCUCGUGAUCAGGUAUCUCGAGUGGCUAAGAUGCUGGGUGAUGAAUAUGGAACUGCAUCAAAUAUCAAGAGUAGGGUCAACCGACAAUCUGUAUUGGGAGCUAUCACUUCUGCUCAACAGAGGUUGAAGCUCUACAGCAGGGUCCCUCCCAAUGGACUAGUUUUGUACACUGGAACCAUUGUUACUGACGAUGGGAAGGAAAAGAAGGUUACUAUAGAUUUUGAGCCAUUCAAACCCAUCAAUGCAUCACUCUACCUUUGUGAUAACAAGUUCCAUACAGAGGCAUUGAAUGAACUUCUGGAAUCUGAUGACAAAUUUGGUUUCAUAGUGAUGGAUGGAAAUGGAACCCUUUUUGGCACUUUGAGCGGUAACACUCGUGAGAUACUUCACAAGUUCAGUGUUGAUCUCCCGAAGAAGCAUGGAAGAGGAGGGCAGUCGGCACUUCGAUUUGCUCGUCUUCGGAUGGAAAAACGGCACAACUAUGUUAGGAAAACCGCUGAACUGGCAACACAAUUCUACAUUAAUCCUGCAACAAGUCAGCCUAAUGUUUCUGGGCUUAUCUUAGCUGGUUCUGCUGAUUUUAAAACAGAGCUGAGCCAGUCUGACAUGUUUGAUCCCCGGCUUCAGGCUAAGAUUCUCAAUGUCGUUGAUGUUUCAUAUGGAGGGGAGAAUGGUUUCAAUCAGGCUAUUGAGCUGUCAGCAGAAAUUUUAUCAAAUGUCAAGUUUAUUCAGGAGAAGAAGUUGAUAGGGAAAUACUUUGAGGAGAUUAGUCAAGACACUGGAAAAUAUGUCUUUGGUGUGGAUGACACACUAAAAGCUCUCGAGAUGGGUGCUGUUGAAACCUUAAUCGUUUGGGAAAAUCUGGAUAUUAACAGAUACACACUGAAGAACUCUGUUAGCGGGGAGGUCAUUAUAAAGCAUCUUAACAAGGAACAAGAAGCAGUUCAGAGCAACUUCAGAGAGCCUGCAACUAACGCAGAGCUUGAAGUGCAAGAGAAACUGCCAUUGUUGGAGUGGUUUGCCAAUGAGUACAAGCGUUUUGGUUGCACCCUCGAGUUUGUCACCAACAAAUCUCAAGAGGGAUCUCAGUUUUGCCGAGGUUUUGGUGGCAUUGGUGGUAUACUUCGCUACCAGCUUGAUAUAAGGUCUUUUGACGAGCUCUCAGACGAAGAAGUGUAUGAUGACUCUGAUUAGCAAUCAAUCAACCAGUCACUGGAGGGAGUCCGGUGCAAGACGGAGCUGGCCCCGAUUGCGCCCGGACCCGCUUCACAGAAGCAGCCUGUGCUCUCCAAGAAAAAUGAAGGGAUAAAAGAUGAGAUUCUCAAUGCAGGAUUUUAACCAUAUUGAUUGGCCAGCUGGGUGAUACGUUAUAGAAGAUUAUAGACUACCGUCAGCCACCUGAUGCUCUACAUGAUCGUUGCUUGGUUUAUCACCAUGAUAUUUGAUGCAGUAGCGUCUUUGCUUUAAGCAUCAUAGGCCUCUAUUUUACUAUGCUAUGUAUACUAUAUGAUGUCCGCUACUUGUUACAGUUUAUGGAACAUCUGCAGCUCUUUUGUUUCGGCAGAAAUCACAAAUGAGUACCUUUUAUGAUUGUCUUGUAUUAUGAACCAUAUUUGAAUUUACCUACCUGGUACAUGAAUAAAUAAAUGGGUUUGUAGUGGAUGCUGGUUUUUGUUAGCCA